AUGGUGACGGUGAGUUGGCCGGCGGGAAGGCCGCAAGUGGAGGAAGUCGCAGGAGGCGUCACAGUGCAGCCGCACGAACACGUCGUCAGGCGAGGUUGGAGUUGCAGGCUGCUGGUUCGGGAACCGAAUCCGAAACUGCCGAACGUUCGGGAGACGAACAUGGAUGUAGGAGAACCGGCGAAUGGGCUGAAACUGCCGAACGUUCGGGAGACGAAUGUGGAGGUACUUAUACUGCCCGAACGGUAGCCAUACUGCCGGCCAUUCGACUGCCGAACGGGGAGGCAGAAAAACUGCCGAACGUUCGGUUUUUGUGUCCUCUCUUACAGGGAAUGAAGGAGAAGUGGCUGCUGGUGACAGGAGUUCCAGAAAGUGGCCAUUACCGACAGGGUCCAGAGGAAAAAGGCGGAGCGGUACGGCUAGCUCAGCAGCAGGUCGUAGGAAUGCUCAAAGUGCUGUUGGUGGAGCGGGGGCAGUUGCGGCACAUUGCCCGGGUGAGUCGACUUCCGAUGUAA